AUGCUCUCCCCCUGCCCUGGCGCAAAGCCCAACAAAGACGGCAGCGGUGGAGUAUUCGUCGUCGUAGAGCUCUGCGACGAGAUCAGUAUCGAUACCGUUGUCCUUGCGAACCACGAGUUCUUCUCUCGCAUGUUCAAGCGCUUCAAAGUGAGCGUUGCUCCCGCUUUGAAGAGUGGGGGGCAAAAGGGGGACGAAGAGUGGAGAGAGCUGGGCGUCUUCCGAGCCCGUAACGCCCGUGGACCACAGGUCUUCAAUAUCACCAGCCCCUCGACUGGCUUCUUCCGAUAUGUGCGAAUCGACUUUAUGGAGUACUACGGGAACGAAUACUACUGCCCGCUGAGCCUGCUGCGGGUCUACGGGUUGACACAGCUGGAUCAUUUCAGACGCGAAGAGGAGAAGGAUCGCAAG